UGAUCUUUUGAUAUUGUAUGCGUAACUGGUGAAUGAGCACUGUACUCAUACUAUCUAUAUCAAAUACGCCUAAGAUAUUCCAACAAACAGAAAUUAUUAACAAUCACUUCAUCUGUAGAAAGUUCUCAUAAAUACUUUCUCAAAAGAUAUAGAGAAUGUUAAGAGUAUUAGGCGAGCACGUAAUAUUUGCUUAUAAAAUCAAGUAACAGACUCACUAACAGUUUCAUAAAUUAAUAAAGUUGGCAAAAAAUAAAUAUUUUCAAAAGCCAGGUGAUAAGAUGUGAAGGUGUAAAUUACCCUCGGUAAGUAUUAGCGCUGCUCACAGCAAAACAUUUCGUUCAACGCCGCGAGUUCGUACAGUUCACCAUGAGUUUAGUGGGCAAAGUUGUAAUUGUAACCGGAGCGAGUUCGGGCAUUGGUGCUGCGACGGCAGAGGCUUUUGCCAAGGAAGGUGCGAAAGUGGUGCUCAUAGGACGAAAUGAAGCGAAUUUGAAGGCUACAGAAGCGGCCUGUAAAGCUGUCAACAACAAAGCUAAACUUCUAUUAAUCGCUGCUGAUGUCACGGUGGACGCGGAACGCAUUAUAAACACAACAAUUGACCAUUUUGGACAAUUGGAUGUGCUGGUCAAUAACGCGGGUAUUUUUGAAAUUGGUAACAUAUUGGAUGUUGAUGUCGAUCAAUAUGAUAGAAUUUUCAAUACAAAUGUGCGUUCCGUCUUCCUUUUAACUAAAUUUGCUGCGCCACACUUGAUCAGCAGCAAGGGUAAUAUCGUGAAUGUCUCUAGCGUCUCAAGUUUGCGUUCUAACCGUGGUAUGUCCACCUAUUGCAGCGCGAAGGCAGCACUGGAUCAAUUGACUAGAUGUAUUGCCUUGGAUUUGGCGCCGCAAAAUGUACGUGUAAAUUCUGUUAAUCCGGGCGUUAUUGUGACCGGUAUUCAUAGAAGUCUUGGCUCAUCGCCGGCGGAACUUGACGAAUUUUAUGUGCGUUCUAAGGAAAUGCAUCCACUUGGUCGUGUUGGAGAACCAAAGGAAGUAGCCCAUGCUAUUAUUUUCUUAGCUAGUGACAGCACUAGGUUUAUAACGGGUGCAAGUAUGCCGAUCGACGGUGGCAGGCAUGCCUUUAGCUCUUUUUAAUUAUUGAUUAAAAUGUAUUUUUUUAAAUUGUUAAAUAAAUAUGAAAUAUAAAUAAUAAAUUAUACUGUGUCUUGCAAUUAACAUUAGUAACGGUUACGUUUACAUAUACAUUGGGUAGUAGAAAACGUGUUUUCAUAUUUGUCAAGAGAUGUUGAUAUCAAUAGAUUCGACUACCCAAUAUUUGCGAUAUCGAUUGAAUAUUUUAGCAUGUUCUUUUUAAAGGAAUUUCGAAACAUUUUACAUUUUACUCCGUAAUUUUUUGUCAAUGAAACAAAAAUAUAUAUUUCCUUAAGGCAUAUCGAGCAAGAAACUCUGCUCGCUGUCGAGUGGCUCUGUAUCAAAUUAAUGUUGAAACCUGAUUUAAGAAAUGUCUUGCACUAAAAGCUGAGUUUUUAUUCAUUUUUUCCCAUUAGUCCGAUUUAAAUACAAACUUUUGAUUAUUAUAGCAUUUAAAUCCAAACAAUAGCUGCUAUUUUUAGAACCAUCAAUUAUUUGUAGAACCAUGGAGUGCAAUCUCAGAUUCACUUUUAGCCAUAAAAUAACACAAAGAAGGCCUCAAAGUGACUGCAAUUAAGCAUAAAAACAAAUACAAACGCGAAAAGAUUUUUCUUUUUAGACUUUUGCAGACAUUCAUUCAAUGUGAUAAAUUGCUUUGGCGAGAUAAAAAUCGCAGAACAAUUGAGUGAUUGGAAACGAAGAACAUACACACAGAUACUUAUAUGCAGACUGACUGCGAAUGCAAAAAUUGUAGCUGCAACAAUGGCAGGCAAGCAGCUGCUGACCACAAACAUGCACUGGAAAAAAUAUGCGAAAAAAUUGCGUUUGGUGGUAAUGGCAAAAACACAGAGAAAAAUGGAGACAGCAAUAAUAAAAGAAAAUAUGCAGAAAACGACAAGAAACCAAGACACUGCAGACGCACCUAAAAACAACCCUCAGUUAGCUAAGCGACGCGGCUGCGCAGCUCACCUCAAUGCGCACUCAAAGGUGCAAAGCAGUAAAGGUCUACAAGUCCACAUACCAAGCCACCAAACCAAACCAAAUGUGCUAUCGCAUGUGUGUGUGUGUGUAUGUGUUGCAUAUGUAUGUAUGUAUGUGUUGUAGCAAUAGCAGCUCGAGGCAGGAUGGUAAUUUUUCAAGCUCAAUACAAUCUGUGCGCGCUCUGGCUUUAGCCGCUGAUAAUGCUAGGCGAUUAUGUUGCUGACCAUUCAACUUCUUUGCAUCUCACAGCCCAUAAAGCAGCUGAGCAUGGCUGAAAAACAAAGGCAGCAGCAAACAGCACAUCAGCAAGAACAAGAACAAGAACAAUGGAAUGUGCAGCGAGUCAGUCUGCAGUGCUAGUGCUUGGGUGUGUAUGCAGACUAGCGGCAGACGUCUGUAGCGGCCAAGCAAAUAAGCUGUAGGCCGAGGCUUAUUUUUCGGAACGCCGUUGGGCGACGUGCGACCUUGAGUGUUUUUUCUCGCAUUCAAUUCUACUUUUUUUUCUUUUGUUAUCUAUUAUUA